AUGGCGGCCGAGGGCGAGAAGAAAAUGAUAACCCUCAAAAGCUCCGAUGGUGAGGAGUUCGAGGUGGAGGAGGCGGUGGCGAUGGAGUCGCAGACCAUCCGCCACAUGAUCGAAGAUGACUGCGCCGACAACGGCAUCCCGCUCCCUAACGUCAACUCCAAGAUCCUAUCCAAGGUAAUCGAGUACUGCAACAAGCACGUACAUGCCGCUGCAGCCGCCGCCGCAGCCUCCAAGGCCGGUUCCGACGACGUGGGUGCCGCCGCCGCCAACAGCACCGCCGCCUCCGUUGAGGACCUCAAGAACUGGGAUUCUGACUUCGUCAAGGUCGACCAGGCCACGCUCUUCGACCUCAUCUUGGCUGCAAACUAUCUCAACAUCAAGGGUCUGCUGGACCUGACCUGCCAGACUGUUGCUGACAUGAUCAAGGGCAAAACCCCAGAGGAGAUCCGCAAGACCUUCAACAUCAAGAAUGACUUCACCCCUGAGGAGGAAGAGGAGAUCCGCAGGGAGAACCAGUGGGCCUUUGAGUAA